AUGAACCGGAAAAGGGAAUGCACGUAGUGGCGCUGAAUUCAAUGAAAGGUAAAUACUAUCCAGUGGUGCUGUUAUCAGAUUGGAUAAAUGGUGGAGAAGACCAGUAAAAUGGUUUGUGUUGGGAACCAGUAAAUAAAGGCCAUGGCAUCUGUGUCAGAGGAAGUCUCUCCCUAUAACAGGACGGGAGUUGUGUAUGAUGAAUUGAUGUCCAGUCAUUACCACAUGUGGAAUGAAGCCUUCACAGAGAAACCAGAGAGGUACACUGGUAUUAUAGAGAGGUGUAAACACUAUGGACUGCUGGACAGGUGUACUAGAGUACAGACCAGAAAAGCAAACGAUGAAGAAAUUUUGACUUUACAUCAUCCAGAUCAUCUGGAGAUCCUGAAGAAAUCAGAAUCCAUGACCAAAGAAGAAAUGGAGACCUUAUCUCAGAAAUAUGACUACCUGUACUUCCACAAGGACAUUUUAAGAAAUUCUCGUCUUGCUCUGGGCUCCACACUCAACAUUGUAGAUGAAGUUCUAAAUGGAAAGGUACGGAAUGGCUUUGCCAUAGUAAGACCUCCAGGCCACCAUGCGAUGUACAAUGAGUUUAAUGGUUACUGCUUGUUAAACAACGUCGCUAUAGCUGCCAAAAGAGCCCUGGAUGUCCAUGGACUGGAAAGGGUUCUGAUUCUGGACUGGGAUGUCCACCACGGUCAAGGAAUACAGUACUUCUUCUACAAUGACCCCAGGGUAUUAUACUUUUCAAUACACAAAUACUUAGACGGGGAGGAAUGGCCCUAUCUUAGAGAAUCAGACUACGACCAUAUUGGUGAAGGACCGGGCACUGGAUUUAAUAUCAAUGUUCCCCUCAAUGUGAUUGGUUGUGACAAUAGUGUUUAUCUAGCAAUCUUCUUCAACAUUCUUCUGCCCAUUGCCUAUGAGUUCAACCCUCAGCUGGUGCUAGUGUCGGCUGGUUAUGAUGCAGCUCUGGGUUGUCCUGAGGGGGAGAUGGAGGUGACCCCCAGCUGCUUCGCUCAGUACGUCAGUCUGCUGUCCCCUCUGGCCGAUGGAAAACUCUGUCUGGUUCUGGAGGGAGGGUACUGCAUUAAGACCUUGGCUGAGGGAGUGGCCUUGUCCCUGAAGGUCUUGUUAGGUGACCCGUGUCCUAGAGUCGAUCCCAUUACAAGGCCCAAUAACAGUGCAGUAUCUUCCAUUCUAAAUGUAAUCAAGGUGCUACGACCAUAUUGGAAAUGUUUACAGUUACAAGGGGAUUUAUCAUCUAUUUCACAUAACUCAAAUACAGGGGUGCUGGACUGGCCCCCAAAGGAUGGAGUAAACUUCUAUACACACAACAUGCCUGAGUCAUUUUCACUUCACCAGGAAUGCUGGAAUCCAGGGGUUAUGGAAAGUGCCCACAUCAUAGAUGCCCAGGUGGAUGAACUUUUGGCUCGCACUGUACACAGGACGACUAGACACAAAGUCGGCAUUGUAUAUGACGAGGCAAUGUUAAAUCACAGAGAUCUGGGCUAUGGAGGUUUUGAGGAGGGCCCUGAAAGAGUGGAGAGAAUUGUUCAGACACUGAAAAAGAAUGGGGUCUGGGACAGGUGCUACCACAUACAGGGUCGAAAAGCUUCAGAUGAAGAAAUUUGUCUUGGUCAUGGGGAGGAUCAUAUCCGUCGAUUCAAGAAAACCAUGACAAUGGGAGAAGAGGCAUUAAAGGUCUACCAGGAAACCUUCAAGUCCAUCUUCCUAUGUCAGGAAAGUUUUACCUCAGCAGCCUGGGCAGUGGGCUGUUCUUUAUCUGUGAUAGACUCCAUAUUGUCCAAUCAGUGUCAGAGUGGUGUUGCUAUAGUAAGGCCUCCUGGUCACCAUGCUGAGAGAAACACAAUGAUGGGCUUCUGUCUGUUCAACAAUGUAGGAAUAGCUGCUAAAUAUGCCCAACAAAAUUACAAUGUACAAAGGAUCCUGAUUGUAGACUGGGAUAUCCAUCAUGGAAACGCAAUUCAGAGCCUCUUUGAAAAUGAUCCAAGUGUACUAUUUAUUUCACUACAUCGUUUUGACAAUGGAUCAUAUUACCCUUACGGAGGGAAGGGUUACCACAAACAGACGGGGGGUCCACAGGCCCAGGGACACACAGUCAACAUUGCCUGGAAUGAUGGAUCAAAAGGAGAUGCAGAUUACAUCGCAGCCUUCCACCAUCUGGUGCUGCCCCUAGCUUAUGAGUUUGCCCCAGACUUGGUGUUGGUGGCAGCAGGUUUUGAUGCUGAGAAGUCAGAUCCUCUGGGUGGUUACCGACUGUCUCCAGCCGUGUUUGGUCACAUGACCAGGAUGUUGAUGGGAUUGGCUGAUGGGAAGAUUGCUCUUAUUUUAGAGGGAGGUUACAGUUUGGAGGGAACUUCUCAGGCUAUGAGUCUGUGUAUAGCCUCAUUACUAGGAGACUCCUUACCAAACAUUCACAAUGCAGUGCCCAGUAAAAGUGGUGUAGAAGCUAUUCGUAAAACAAUGGAAGUUCAAGAAGAAUUCUGGAAGACAAUUUUAUACAGAGUUGAUCUUCCAACUCAGCAGCAGCUAGAAGUGAUCAAAACUGAGAAAGAAAAGAAGAAAACCAGCACAUAACAGUAGGGGGAGGGAAUAGGAGAGAACAAAAACCUUACCUUCCUUAUCAAAAAUUAUAGUCUUUUAAUCUUUGCAUUGCCUUAAUAUUAUACUGACAGGGGACUGUACAGUAUAUUUGUGUGUCACUGUGUUAUAGAUGUAUAGAAAAUACUGCAGGUUGAAAAAAUUAUGAGAUUGGUUUUAUUACUUGCAUUUUGUAAAACAUUCUUGCCAUUCAUGGGUGGGCACUAUUAAUGUAUUUUUUUAAUCAUUAGUUUUCAUUAUCUAAGAGUAGUAUCAAUGAAAUAUCAGAUGAACUGUAGGUAGCAUAAUGACAGUGCGGUAUUAUCUGACACUAAAAAGUCAGGUUACGAGUCAAUUAUUUUUAAAUAGGAGGCAGUUUACAAAAUUAUUUUAUUACUUGCCUGUAAAGCAUGUUUUACAUAGUUGAAAAGAGCAUGUAUCUUUCUGGUUGUUUUUCAUCAUCUGGAAACCUUCUUUGAACAGAAUUUGAUUGCAAAAUUGAAUCAAUGGAAGAUGUACACAUACACUUUUAGAACUUCCAGUAAGACAUGCGUUUAGUAUAAUUAAUCGCCAGGGAGAUUAGUGAAUUGUACAGGUGUCAGAUUGAUUUUUUCACUAAACCUGAUAUGCUCAAUAUAUUGACUCUAAGAUGGUUCUACUUUACACUUUAUUAAUAUUUAUGUGAAAUUUUUAAAAUUAAUAAGGAUUUGAAAAAAAAAAUUUUUAGAAGGGCAGUCAGUUCAGUACAUUUGAUAGUGACUGGUUCAGAUCAAUAAGUUUAAUAAUUACCUAUACUGUAGUAUUUACCUGUGCUUUUUAUUUCAUGACAUGACGUGUAUGCAAUUCUCAAGUAUUCCAUUUAUCAACAAGCUUCUACCUCUUGUUUUAUAAAUUAUGCAAAUUAUUUAUUCAUUAAUAUUUUUUUAACUCUAUGUAAAUUGUGAGUUUUUGGUAAUAUUUAAGAUUACUGUAUUUAAUUUCAAUGGCAUGCAGAAACACCAUAUAACACUCUACAAUUUAUAGAAUUUUUUUUUUUUUUCAUUCAAAAUAUUUUUGUUGCCAUUGUGAUUAAAGAUUCAGGGUAGAUAGUUUUUGAUCUCUCUGUCUGUCCCCCAAAACUUUAAUUUUUGAACUGAUGAUUUCUGGGCUGUCAUAUUCACAGUUGUUUUCAUUGUGCCAAGACGUUUGGUACAAACAUUUUUGUGACCUUGACCUUGGAGUUUAGAUUUCAUUUGGCUUGGUAAUAACUUGAGUGAUGAAUGCUGCGGCUCUCACAUUUUUUUUUGUGUUGUGACUUAGCCUUUGAGCACCGAUAUUUUGCCCUUAUGACCCUAGGGUUUGAGCUACAAAAAAAAAACCUUGUCAAAAACUUUUAAGUGUUGUUGCUCCUGUGUUUCAUUAUCAAAAGACCUUUCUUUGAGUAUCAUCAUUUAAGAGCACAUGACCUUGACCUGCAGUUUCAGUUACUUUUGAAAAAUUUUUUAAAUUUUUAUCAUAAUUUAUGCAGUAAGACCUUUCCUUUUGUUUCAAAAUAGUUUUACCACUUGACGUAGAAGUUGGAUAUAUUAUUGAAAAAUCUACCUUAUACGGGGCUUCAGUGCAUCACAAAGACAUCUUGUUUUUUUCUCUGACUUUUAAAGCAGGAAAUGUACAUUGUGUGAAGAGCCUUACUUUAGUGCUUAAAAUCUGUCUUUGCAGUGGAAAAGAGUGGAUGCAUUUCUUUAACACGUUGAAAGCAGAUGGUUUCUUUGUAUCAAAUCAAUCUUUCCGAUACUGUAUACAGGGAAAUUUUCGUCCCCGUUUUAUUCCCCCCCCCCCCUUUCACCCUAAUCACAAGUGGGCGAAUUUACAACGGGGUGAAUUCAAGGAAAAGAGAAUGUUUUGUUAAAUAGAAUUGUAAUUUAAAACGGGGCAAAAUUGUUUGCAAGAGAAAAAGGGGGAAAAUUACAUGGGGCAAAAACAGCCCUGUAUACAGUACUUAUACCGACUUACUGUUUUUUGUUGCCAAUUUGCUGUUGUGGUUUCAAAAUUUUAAGUUUUACAAAUCAAUUUAGACAGGAUUUUGCAGAUAUUGAUGUUUAGUGUUGUGUCAGUGUGAGAUCUUGAUACUUACCCAUUCUUUUAUUACUGCUGAAGUGUAGACGUUUAAAUGGUUUUUAUAUGUAUUUCAACCAUUAUCCUGAGCAGAAUCUGCCUUAUAUAACAAUAGACACAAUACUGUUCUUAUAAACAAAUUCUUAGUACUCAUAUUAAUACAAUUGUUCAUUAGGCCAUCCUUAGAAAAUUGUUUGGAUGCCCACUCCUGACUGACUGGCUAAGAAUGGUCCCACUCAAAAACUUUUUUUUACUUCCCAGGCAUCGUCUCAAGCCACAGUCCGGAAUCUGUGUAUAGCCCUCUCGUACCCUUGGCUGCUUGAUCACUACGAGUAUUAAAAGUGUUGUAAUCUUGACUAUUUAUGCCUCUCUAUUGUGACGUCAUAUUCAGCCGAUGACAAGUUUUGUUUCCAUUGCAAUUGAAAUCAACAAUUUACAUACUAGUAAGUAGUAUUUUGUACACUGUGAUUGGGUAUUCAAAGGUCGCACCAAAGUUCAUUAUCCGACUAUGCUUUACUCGCAUAUGUCAAUACAUGUAUUUUAAUGAGCUAUGGCAUAUUCUCAUCUCAUGCAACCACGGCCAGAAUGGGAGAGGAUCAUACAGUUUUGCCGUGGUUUGCAACGAUGCCCACAGGAAUCAAUAAUUAUUUUAUGAGGAUUGUGUACUCUGGAAAAUAUGAUUUUAAAAAAGGUGUUGAAAUUUUCAAGGAAAUUUUUUUUUCACUACCUACCGACCCAAUAUUUUCAGACCGAGUUGAGAGAGGGCAAACAAACAUUUUUCUAAAGUUGGCCUUGUGUGUCAUGGUGUAUGAAAAUCAAAACUUUACAUGUUUACAAUGCUACAUGUUAGCAUGAUUUUAUCUUAUUUAUUUGUUAUAGGUAUUGAGAUAUAUUUUUAUGUGUUGUAAGGUUUACAUUUAAUUGUUUUUGUUGUUGAACAGUUUGCAGUUAAUCUGUAGUAGGCCUGCAGUCCAGUAGAGUAGUCUGCUUAAUAAUUUGUCAUCAGACCUGUGGCAUCUUUAGCUCACCAGGAGAAAACUGAUAAUUUGUCAUCUGCUAUCAAUAAUAAACCAUAGAUACUUGACAGGUGUAUUCCUCAGACAAUAUUUUGGACAUAGGCAUAGAAAACAAAUUGAAAGAGGGGGCUUAACCAACAAAAAUAUGUAAACCCCAAUUUUCAAUGCCCAUAUUAUCAUAUGUCUAUCUUUGAAACCCCCAGUUCCGACACCUAUGAUGGAUUUGUCACAACAUGUCAUCUAGUAGACUUUUGAAAUAAUUGGGGGUUCAAAAUCAAACAUAUUGUCAUUAUGUGGAGAAAAUAUUUUACUUUUAUCAAUACUCUUAGAGCAAUACUUUACAUCAGAUACUAGUAUACAGCAUCACUUUGUAAAAUUGUUGUAAAAUUGAAGUAAUUCACUUGGGUGAGCUAAAGUACCUUUGGUCCACUGAUGUCUCACAAUAUGUUUAGCAAUGCAAUUAUUUUAUUCAAAAUUAUUUUUGUUAGUCUAAAAGAAUAUUUUUUUUCACAAUCAUUAAAAUAUACUUGUAUGUGUCAUGUGAUUUAAAUUUAUUCAAAACAAGCAAUUUGAAAUUAAUUUUCUAAUGGCUGUUGCUUUUUAAAAAAAAUAAAAUUGAAACAAAA